AGCUGUAUAUAUAUAGCAUUAUUAGAGCCAAUACUCAAAGAUACAUACUAAUUAUAUGUACAACUAAUAAUAACCAAGCAAUAUGGCUACGAAGAAAGUUGUGCAACUUUUCCUAGCAGCAUUAUUAGUGUCACUAACCCUAGCCAGCUCCGGACAAAGUAUUACAACUGAACCUAUUUCAGAUGACUCCUACAUGGUGUCGGACGGCAUCUCAAGUGUCCGGCAACCGAAUUUGAUCUCUCUAAACCGGUUUUCGCAGUCAAAUAACUGCCACGAGUCGUAUGGAUUCUUACCAUGCACCACCACAGCCCUAGGGAACAUUUUCCUGAUUGUGGUGUAUGGUUACUUCAUGUUCCUUUCGGCUAAAUUGUUGUCCAUUGGAAGUGAGUUCUUGCUUCAGAUUCUUGGACCUGGUAUCAUUGGUGGUUUCCUUCUCCCUAUUUUGGGAGCCUUCCCUGAUGCUAUGAUCAUACUUGCCUCUGGACUAUCUAGUGAUAAAGAAACUGCUCAAAGGCAAGUCUCAGUUGGGAUGGGUCUCUUAGCUGGCUCAAAUAUUAUGCUUCUAACAGUUCUCUGGGGCUCCUGUCUUAUAUUUGGCAAGUGUGACCUCGAAAAUUCAAAGGCAGUAGAUCAUAAAGAUACCAAAGGAUUCAGCUUAACUGGAUCCGGAGUGAGCACUGAUAUAUGGACCAGCUAUGCUGGCUUUACCGUGGUUGUAUCUAUUAUUCCAUUCAUAAUAGUCCAGCUACCACUAGUCUUCAAAGCAACUUCUUUUAGUCGCUUAUCAGUUCUGAUUUCAUUCAUUAUUUCAGUCUCCUUAUUUAUUGGUUACAGUCUCUAUCAGAUCUUUCAGCCUUGGAUUCAGAAGAGAAAACUUGCUUAUGCCAAGCACAAGCAUGUCAUGUCUGGUCUUCUCAAGUCCUUGAGAAUGAAUUCAUUUGGAAAGCUUUUUACAGAGGAUGGUGAACCUAAUAAAGAAGUUCUAAAAAAGUUAUUUAGAACAGUUGAUCAGAAUUCGGAUGGAAGCUUAUCGGUGGAUGAACUUCGAGCUUUGAUCAUUGGAUUCCAACUCGAGGAGGAAGAUAUGAACGUUGAUGAUGCUGUUGCUCAAGUGAUGAAAGAUUUUGAUACAUCACAUGAUAAACAAAUUGAUGAGAUUGAGUUUGUCAAAGGAUUCACAAGAUGGCUUAACAAGAUUAAGCGUGCUGCAAUAAUGCACCAAGGAAGGGCUCUCCAAUCUCUUAGACUCUUGAAUGAUUUUGAUAUGGAAACAAGAAGAGAAGCAGAUCUUUAUGAGGAUCGGAGUGAUGAGGUUGUGGAAAAUGUUGACAAUCCCAAUUGUCAAAUAACCAAAGCAGUUCUCAUGCUGAUUCUCGGAGCUGUUGUUGCUGCUGCUUCUGCUGAUCCUCUGGUGGAUGCUGUCGAGAAUUUCUCGACCGCGACAAGCAUUGCGCCGUUCUUUGUGUCCUUUGUCAUCCUUCCUUUUGUUAGCUCUAGUGAGAUAGUAUCCACCAUGAUAGCUGUCAGCCAAAAAAGAAUUAGAACUACAUCUUUGGCAUAUUCAGAGAUAUAUGGGUCUGUGAUCAUGAGCAACAUUCUAACAGUGGCAGUGUUCAUGGGGCUUGUUUACAUCCGCAGCCUGGCAUGGGACUUUGCAUCUGAAGUACUAGUUAUUUUGAUUGUGUGCAGUGUCAUGGGAUUCACUGCCGGUUGUCGCACCACCUUUCCUCUUUGGAUGUCUGUGAUGGCCAUUUUGCUCUAUCCAUUCUCUCUUUUGUUGGUCUACAUCUUGAACUAUGUAUCUGGCUGGUCUUAGAUUUAGAUUAUUACUCCACUUUCCAGCCAAACAAAUCAGGCCAAACCCAUAGUUUAAUGCGGUUAAA